AUAAAAUUAAAAAAAAAAACAUUACCACCCCUGCCACCCCCAGCACCACCAGCUCCCAUCACCGGAGAAAAAUAAGCCAACAUUUUAAAUAAUGCCAUAAUGAUGGCAUAUUCAAUGAAAAUGUUGGCAUAUUGAAGAGUAAUUAUGCCAUCUUUUUGACAUUUUUAGAAAAAUAUGGCAUUUUUUUUACCAAAAGUGGAAGAAAUUUCACCAAUCGGAGGUGGUGGGGCUGGGAGGCGGCGGGAGGCGGUGGGAAAGGUAUCCAUAAUUUUUUUCAUUUUUUAUGGGUUUUUACUAUUUUUUAUUAUUUUUUUAAAAAAAUCAAAAAAAUAAAAAAUUAAUUUUUUUUAUUUUAUAAAUGUUUUAUAAAUUUUUUAUAAUUUUUUUAACGUUUUUAAAAUAUUUUUUACGUUUUUUAUGAUUUUUAUUAUGAUUUUAAUGAUUUUUAUUACGAAUUAAUACUCUAAGGGGUAUUUAAGGUAGAAAAUCAAUGUUUAGUCCUAUUUAGGGAAUUUUAAAAGUAGUAGUCCUAUUUGUGCUUUUUAGGAACUCAUUAGUCCUAUUUUGGACAAUUUCCGUUGUAAAUAAGUCAAACUUUUUGGAUAAUUAUUAUAAUGACAACAAAAUUCAUCCCAAACCCAAAAUACCCUGAAAAUUACAAUCGUACUUCAGCAACCCAAUAACGAUCAGAUAUUCUGAUGGUCCGGCAUUGAAUCUCCGUCCAAGCUUGACUGGGUUGGGAUCUACUCGCCACCUGACUCAACGCAUAAGAAAUUCAUCCGCUACUUGUUCCUUUCCUCUUCUACCUUAGAUUCGGUGCAAGUACAAAACAAGGAUUUAGAGCUUUAAAGUGGGCUGCGCUCCAGAAAGUUCCCACCUUUGAUCGCCUAAAGAAGGGAUUAGUGACUGGGUUAAGAGGUGAGACUUGUGAAAUUGAUAUAAAAAACAUUGGAUAUGAAGAAAAGAAAAAAAUCCUUGAUGAGAGGUUAUUAGAAGUUCGAGGAAGAGAUAAUGAGAAAUUUUUGCUGAAACUCAAGGAUCGGUUUGACAGGCAUGGAACUCGCGGGUUGAACACAGAGAAUGCUUGCUGCGAUGAAAGGAAAGGCUGAGGAAAGACACGGAUAUUUAAUUAGGAAGGAGCUGGGUUUCGCACAAAGAGACCGUCUGACAUGGAAACCAUAGCCCUCUCGUACCUCCCGCCUUCCCCCGCCAUAAGAGACCGUUUCGCUACUAAGACCUCCAACUCUGCACCGCGCAAUUGUUCUGUAAAAUGCUCCACGCAUCCAUCAUUCGCCGGCCAAUCCUUACAGUUCAAAGAAGCUGCACGAAAUGGGAAUUUGAUUCCACUCUACAGGUCAAUAUUUUCCGAUCACCUGACACCUGUGCUGGCAUACAGGUGUUUGGUGAAGGAAGAUGACAGGGAAGCUCCAAGCUUCUUGUUCGAGUCUGUCGAAAGGGGGAAAGUUACAAGUAUUGGGCGGUACAGUGUUAUUGGUGCUCAACCUACUAUGGAGAUUGUUGCAAGAGAAAACCUUGUGACAGUUAUGGACCACCAUGUGGGGAAAAAGACAGAGACAUUCGAGGAGGAUCCUAUGGUCAUUCCUAGGAGGAUUAUGGAGAAGUGGAAACCUCAAUGUCUUGAUGAGCUUCCUGAGGCAUUUACUGGUGGUUGGGUUGGCUACUUCUCCUAUGAUACAGUGCGUUUUGUUGAGAAGAAGAAAUUGCCUUUCUCAAAUGGACCAUUAAAUGACCGGUUCCUUCCCGAUCUUCACAUUGGCCUCUAUGAUGAUGUUGUUGUAUUUGAUCAUGUAGAAAAGAAAGCGUGUGUCAUACACUGGGUGCAAUUAGAUCGCUUUGCUUCAGUUGAUGAAGCAUUUAAUGAUGGCAUGAGCCGUUUAGAAGCUUUGUUGUCGAGAGUGCUCAACAUAGUACCUCCUAGAUUAGCUCCAGGAUCAAUAAAAUUACGUACAAACCUGUUUGGUUCAGCGCUGAAAAUGUCAACCAUGACUAGUGAAGAUUACCAGGAAGCUGUUUUGAAAGCUAAAGAGCACAUCCUGGCGGGGGAUAUUUUCCAGAUAGUUCUCAGUCAAAGGUUUGAAAGGAGAACGUUUGCAGAUCCAUUUGAGAUAUAUAGGGCAUUGAGAGUUGUUAAUCCAAGUCCAUACAUGAGUUAUUUACAGGCUAGGGGGUGUAUACUUGUUGCUUCAAGUCCUGAGAUUCUUACUAGAGUCAAGAAGGGAAAAAUCACCAAUCGGCCACUAGCAGGGACAAUCAGGAGAGGGAAGACACCUAAAGAAGACUACAUGCUGGAAAAUCAACUUCUGCAUGAUAAAAAACAGUGUGCAGAGCACACCAUGCUGGUUGACUUGGGAAGGAAUGACGUGGGAAAGGUUUCUAAAUUUGGGACAGUUGAAGUUGAGAAACUCAUGAACAUCGAACGAUAUUCCCAUGUUAUGCACAUCAGUUCCACGGUCACUGGAGAGCUUCUCGACCGCUUAAGUAGUUGGGAUGCUUUGCGUGCAGCAUUGCCUGUUGGAACAGUUAGUGGAGCCCCAAAGGUAAAGGCCAUGGAACUGAUAGAUGAGCUUGAAGUGACGAGGCGUGGGCCAUACGGUGGUGGAUUCGGAGGGAUUUCUUUUUCAGGUGAUAUGGAUAUAGCCCUUGCUUUGAGAACAAUCGUUUUUCCAACGGGAAUGCAACAGGACCACAUGUACUCCUACAAUGAUGUAAACCGACGGAGAGAGUGGGUCGCUCAUAUUCAAGCUGGAGCAGGCAUAGUUGCUGAUAGCGAUCCCGGGGAUGAGCAGAGAGAGUGCGAAAAUAAGGCUGCAGCCCUUGCCCGUGCUAUCGAACUAGCUGAGUCAUCCUUUAUCGAGUAAAUGUUUGUUUCUGCUACAUCAAUCCUAUCACGUGCACCAAAGAAUGUUUGUUGACGCGAUCAUAUUUCACAAAUGAAUAGUUAGACCUAGAUUUUUUCUGAACACAUUUUCACAUUCAGACCACACUGUAUUAUUUAUGAACUUCGCAGCACAUAUACAUUCUUAUAACGCAACAUUUUAAUAAUACUAAUAAUGUAACACAUAGCAUCACUAUACAAAUUAAGGACCGGUUCUUGGGACUUGAGUUUAUUGGUCGGGAUUC